AUGGGGACUAUGGAUCACCUGCUGCUUGCUGGCUUUACUUCAGUAUGCUGCAUCUCCGCUGGUGAUCCCAACACAUACAGUCGUCCCUCGGUAUCCGCAGAGGAUUGGUUCCAGGACCGUCGCGCAUACCCAAAUCCGGACAUACCCAAGUCCUGCAGUCAGCCGUGCGGAACCCGCAGAAAUGAAAAUUCGCGUGUUUCCCAUCUGGAGAAUACUGUAUUUUCCAUCGGGGUUAGCUUGCGGAUGCGGAACCCGCCUGUGCAGAGGGCAGACUUUUCCCACGAGAAACUGUUAGUUACAUCAGCUGCAAUGCAGAAAUACCCAAACCCUAUGAACCCAUGUCUGGUUGGAGUUGACGUGUUGGACAGACACAUAGAUCCCUCCGGAAAGCUGCACAGCCAUAGACUUCUCAGCACAGAGUGGGGACUGCCUUCCAUUGCGAAGUGUCUUAUUGGUGCAACAAGAACCAAAACAUAUGUGCAAGAACAUUCUGUAGUUGAUCCUGGAAAGAAAACAGUGGAACUUAAAUCUACUAAUAUUUCAUUUACAAAUAUGGUUUCAGUAGAUGAGAGACUUACAUACAAACCACAUCCUCAGGACCAAAAAACUAUUUCGACUCAAGAAGCCGUAAUCACUGUGAAAGGAGUCAGCCUUAGCAGUUACCUUGAAGGACUGAUGGCAAGUACAAUAUCUUCAAAUGCUCACAAAGGCCAAGAAGCAAUGGAAUGGGUAAUACAUAAAUUAAAUGCUGAGACUGAAGAACUGAUGGCUUCCGCAAGAGGAAGCAUAAGGUCUCUGACGGCGGCAGCAGCAUUUGUAGAAAAAUAA